CAAUCGGUCAGGUGGACCAUCAGAUUGUACCAUCUCCAAUUCAAUAAAAGAAGAAAAAAGGCGAAAAGUUGUAGAGAAAAAUAAAUACAUGUCUACUACCGCCAAGGUGUUCGUCGGCAGCCUGCCGCGCUGCAAGCCGGACGAACUGCGUCGCCUGUUCUCCAACUAUGGCUCCGUGGUCGAAUGCGAUGUGAUGAACAGGUGCGCUUUCGUCCACCUGGAGACCACGGACAUGGCGGAUGCGGCCAUCGCCGCCCUGAACGGCACCGUCUUCAAGGGCCAGCCCAUCGUGGUGGAGGCGGGCAGGCCGAAGUACGGCCCAGGGAAUGGCAGUCGUGGCGGUCCCCCGGGCUCUGGUGACAAUCCGGGUCGCAGGCCCUCAGAAAGUCAAAGUGGCGGAUCUGACAAGAGACCUCCCGAAUCCGGCAACAACUUCAAGCGCAGCUUUCGCGAAGAAGCCGGCGUUGGCCGAUAUUCCAGCGAAGGCGGCGGCCCAAGGGGUUCCAACGCCGCCGCAAACAAAUUUGGACCCGUAAGGAAUGAGUCCAACUACAGACAGCGCAGUGCUCCCUACUCCAAGGGCCCUCCACAACACAGCAAUGAAUCUUCCAGCCAGGGCCAGGGAUUUAGGAACAAGUUUGCAACCGGUGGCAAGUUCGGCGGUAACAACGAGGGAAACGGAGGACGCUUUGGCAACAGUCGGUUUCAACAGCGGGACAACAAUGGAUCUCAGGCUGGGAGGAGGAACUUCAAGAACAGUCCGACCAGUGGAUACGGCGGAGGUAGUAAUAAUGACUUCCACGGGGGCAGCUCCUCUGGCGGGGGAGGAGGAUCCCUGCAUCAGAGGGGCGGUGGCGGCGGAGGAUCAGGAGGCAAUCAUGUGCGACAGGAUCGCCGGGGUUUUGCCCUGCCCGUAGAGCAUCAGCAGCAGCAAAUGGGCUUCGGACGCUUUGGCAACGGGCCCAUGAACUCUGGCAACCGCGGGGCCAAUGGGGGCAAUCCGCCAGGAGGACGUGGCUUCUUUAAUGGGGGCGGCGGUGGAGGUUUUAACGCCAGACGUGGUAGCAGCCACGAAUCCAACAGCCAACAAGGCGGCGGCGGUGGGGGACCAAACAAACGCGGCGGAGCAGGGGGUAAAAAUCACAAUCAGAAUGGCAUGAAUGCAUAUCACUCGGAGUUCCCGCCUUUGGGCACCGGAGGCGGAGCGCCAGGCCAAAGAAACCGCUUCAGCGGACCCAGACCCGGACCAAAUAUGGGCGGUAAUAGGAGAUUUUAAGCAAGUGCAACGCCACUCCGAUGUUUGCCAGUCCUCGUGUACUCCAAUCCAUAAUGUAAUAGCCGAAUUUUGUUUUCCAUUGUUUCGCGCGCAGAAUCUUUUAGUUAAGAUAACGACGACUUUUCUUUUAAUUUGUCCUAUAGCCGUGUACUCUUAAGACCAACAUCAACAGUAUAUUUGUUAUUCGUAGUUAAGACUGUUUCGAUAUUUAUGCAAUACUUAAAUAACCAUAUUACUUGUGUGCAACUAGAUACGACGAGUCAAUCAAUACAAUCAUAAA